AUGGCCGAAUAUGGUCGCAUAGAUCCAUUUUCUUUCGCAGCAUCUCGAGAUAUUGAAAGCCCAGUCAGUAUUCGAAUAAUUGGUAUAGAUGGAGACGGGCGUCCUACGAAGUAUUCGACACUCCUUGAGAGGCCUCAGGUCCGCCAUAUUGGUUCAAAUACGAGUUUUUCCUCCGAGCUGUAUGUCACGGUUCAAGUCUGGGCCGGUUCCAAGGCCCUGACUGUACCUAUCCAGACAUCAUAUAAAUCACCUCGUCCAGAAAGAAGAUGGAAUGAAUGGUUGCGGCUACCAAUAUCAUACAAGUCGAUCCCCACCAACUCCCGGUUGGCUAUCACGAUAUGGGAUCUUUCACCAGACUCAAGCAAAGCCGAUCUUUGCCAUGCGACUCCAUUCGGAGGAACCACUCUUGCUCUGUUUGGCGAUGACAACCAGGUUGUUAGAGGCCGACAAAAGUGCUACAUCCAUAAAUACAAGCAUGCCGACGGAACUGACGAUACGACAACGCCUGCGGUCGUUGGAAGCAACGGAAAGGGAGCACCGCAGUUGACCAACUACACAGAAGAGCUGGAAAGAAUGGAAAGCUUAUUUAAGAAGCACGAGAUGGGCGAGAUACCCCGAGUGGAUUGGCUUGACCAAAUGGUAUUCAGGGGUUUUGAAAAGAAGGGAUUACAUGCCGCCAAGCUAUCAACCAGACUACGCCAGCAAGAUCCCACGGCGAACGGUCGUGACAUCAACGUGGCGCACGAUACUCUAGACCUCUCUGGCGAAGACACACCGGACCCUUAUGCAUGCGUGCUCAAUGUUGAACUUCCUCGAUUCGAUUUUCCUGUUGUUUUUGCGGAUCACGAAUACGAGCCUCCCCCAAUCUCAGCUCUGCAGUCACUGUCUGCCUCGCAAAUUGUAGCACAGAGACAACCUGAGGUUCAAUUUGGUCCUGGAAUCAAGGCUAUUGGCGAGGGCUCAGCGGACCUUGGGUCUCGUCUCGUGAUGAUACACGAUCCUGAAGUAGGGCAGAGGGAUAACCCGGCCGAAGCGAAACACAGGCGCCUCUUCCGAAGUUCUCAUCGGCAUGGUAUCCUAGACCGAGAUUUAAAACCCAACGCAAAAGUUCGUGAUGAGCUAAAUGUCAUCAUGUCAUAUCCGCCAACACACAUUUUGUCUCCGGAAGAGGCAGACCUUGUUUGGAAGUUUAGAUAUCAUCUAACUAAGGACAAGCGAGGUUUGGCCAAAUUUGUCAGGUCCGUCAACUGGAACGAUCAGGGAGAAUUGAAACAAGCCGUUCAAGUUCUUAGUCGCUGGACGGAAAUUGACGUGGAUGACGCACUUGGGAUGCUAGGGCCGUCAUUUGACAACCCUACCGUCCGGUCGUACGCUGUUAAUCGUUUACGAAAAGCCGACGACAACGAGUUACUUCUCUACUUACUUCAGCUCGUACAAGCUCUCAAGUAUGAGUACAUGUCAUCUGACUCUGGCGUGGACAAUAUUCAAGACUCACCGCUAGCGCGGUUUUUGAUUCAACGUGCCGCGGCAAACUUCAUGCUUGGCAACUAUUUUCACUGGUAUCUCAUGGUCGAAUGCGACGACUACAGCCCAGAGCAGGAUGUCCGCAAUCGAGAAAUAUAUCGCAAAGUUGCGUACGAGUUUAUGAUGGAACUCGUCAAGCAGCCAGAUGGUAACGAAUCUCGGAAGACGCUCCUGCGGCAGGCUGAACUUCUUGCUAUAUUGUCAAGGAUUGCAAACGACAUCAAAUUGUCAAGCGAAUCAAUUGCCAAAAAAACAGACCGAGUAAAGGCAUUUCUCGGAGACCCAAAGAACGAGCUUAUGAGCAUUGAUCCGCCCCUGGCAAUGCCCCUUGACCCUUCCAUUAAAAUUAUCAGUGUGAUACCGGACCAAGUCACGGUAUUCAAGUCAUCACUCAAUCCAAUCAAGUGUACCUUCAAAACCACAACGGGAAGCCAGUACCCCAUCAUAUUCAAGCUCGGCGAUGAUCUAAGACAAGACCAACUGGUCAUUCAAAUCAUUACCCUGAUGGACGAGUUACUCCAAAAAGAAAACCUUGAUCUGAAACUGUCACCUUAUAAAAUCCUAGCGACGAGCACAACGGCCGGUGCUUCUCAGUUUGUGCAGUCGCAGAGUUUAUCAAGCAUUGUUAACAAAUUCAAGAACAAUCCGGCCUUGGCCUAUCUCAAGCACCAUAACCCGGACGACCGACAGCCGCUUGGCGUUCGACAGGAUACCUUAGACACAUACGUUAAAUCGUGUGCGGGAUACUGUGUUAUUACUUACAUUCUUGGAGUUGGCGACAGGCAUCUUGAUAACCUUUUACUGGCUCCAGAUGGGCAUUUCUUCCAUGCUGACUUUGGAUACAUCCUUGGUCGUGAUCCUAAACCCUUUGCUCCCGUAAUGAAGCUUUCCAAAGAGAUGGUCGAUUGCAUGGGCGGAGUGCAGUCGGAGCAUUACAGACAGUUCAAGCAGUAUUGCUUUUUAGCUUACACCGCAUUACGAAAAUCAUCGAACCUAAUUCUCAAUUUGUUUAGUCUGAUGGUCCACGCCAAUAUCCCAGAUAUUCGACUUGAGCCGGACAAGGCUGUGUCAAAAGUCAGGGAGAGAUUUCACCUUGAGAUGGGUGAGGAAGAAGCGAUCCGCUACUUUGAGAGGGUUAUUGAAGAUACUCUAACUGCGUUUGCGCCUGUUGUUAUUGACAAGUUGCAUGAGUGGGCACAGGCUCUCAGGGCUUAG